AUGGAGUCACACGACCAGCCUAGCGGCCCCAGUUCGCAGACGGUAUCCAUCUCAGAGGAGGCAAAGGCCUCCCAAGAGUCUGUGAAGGUCGAGCCCGCCCAGGAUACGAAGCCCAAACGCGAUUGGCGAUUCUGGAUGGUGUUCCUGUGUCUCACAAUGGCCCAGUUCAUCACAGCGUUAGAAUUGUCCGCCGUAUCGACUGCUCUGCCCAGCAUCGUCGCUGCUCUGAAGGGGGAUCAGUUUGUUUGGGUGGGAUCUGCUUACACCCUAGCCACAACGGCCUUCGUCCCGCUAAGUGGAGGCCUCGCUGAGACGUUCGGCCGAAAAAUUACUAUGUUCGGUUCGAUCGUGAUCUUCGCUAUUGGCAGCGCUCUGUGCGGAGCCGCUACCGAUAUGAAUUUCCUGAUCGCAGGCAGAACUGUUCAGGGCCUGGGAGGAGGCGGGAUAGCUUCGCUAUGUCAGAUAAUCCUGUCAGACAUGGUACCUCUGCGAGAAAGAGGCCUAUAUACCGGCCUUAUUGCAAUGACCUUCACGAUAGCGUCCGGCAUUGGCCCAGUGAUAGGUGGUGCCCUUGCCCAAAGCGGGCAGUGGCGGUGGCUUUUCUACCUCAACAUUCCUAUCUGUGGCCUGGCCGCUGGCUUGGUGUUGAUCUUCCUGAAUUUGCGAACUCCUCCCGGGACACUGUCCGAAAAGUUAGCAAAGAUGGACUGGACUGGCAACGCACUUGUCAUCGCGGCUACUACUUCUUGCAUGAUUGGUCUCACAUGGGGCGGUGUCCAGUACCAGUGGUCUUCGUAUCACAUCUUGGUGCCGCUCAUCCUGGGCCUGGCCGGACUCGCAGGUUUCCUAGUCUAUGAGGCUUGUAUCCCCAACAACCCUGUCGUUCCCUACCACCUCCUAUCCACUAGGACAGCUCUGAGUGGCCAUCUCCAGACAUUCCUUGUUUUUACCAUCAUCCAGUGCCUCCUCUAUUAUAUCCCCGUAUAUUUCCAGGCGUGCUUUAGUGCCUCACCCGUCGCCUCCGGCGUAGACGUCUUCGGCAUGGCCUUCGCCCUGUCACCGAUGACACUGGUAACCGGUGUCACGAUCGCCAUUUCUCGUCAGUAUCGUCCCCAAUUAUGGCUGGCGUGGGCUAUGAUCUUGGUUGGCACGGGGCUCUUGAGCACAAUGGCAUAUGAUACAUCUCGAGCGCGGGCGAUCGGCUUCCAGAUCCUGACUGGUGCUUUCCUCGGCUCCGUAUGCGGCGCGGUCUUCUUCCCCAUACUGGCUCCCAUACCAAUACAGUCGAACGCCCGUGCUAUCGCGCUGUACACGUUCUUCCGCAACUUUGCCAACAUUAUCGGUGUUACCAUCGGCGGGACUAUCCUCCAGAACGAGCUGGGCACGCAUCUUCCAGCUGCCUUCACCGCCCGCUUUCCCGAAGGUGUCGCCUCAGCCUACUCUGCGAUUCCCGUGAUACCGACACUUGAAGAGCCAUUAAAGACCCAAGUGCGGCAAGCCUUCGGCGAGAGUUUGAAGCCUGUGUGGCAGUUCACCAUCGGCGUCAGCGGGGUAGGUCUGCUUGUAAGCUUGCUGAUGAAGCAUUUGCCGCUGCAUACGGAAGUGGAUAAGAAGUGGGGCAUCGAGGAUGGCAAGGAGGUCAGCGUUGUACCUUCGAUGGAGAAGGAGUCUUCGGUUGCAUAG